UGACUGUGACGUCACAUCCCUCCGUCUUCCGUGAUUGCGGCUGGUCGGUGUCCGACGACGUCAGCCCGUGCAGCGGCGGAUGAUGGCGGACAGUAUCGCUCUCCAGCCGGUGCAGAAGAGAGCGGCUUAUUAUACGGCGGACAGGAAUAAGAGGAGGUACCAGGAUGAAGCCUCCCCUUUGGAUGAAAUGCCACUCAUGAUGUCCGAAGAAGGCUUUGAGAAUGAUGAAAGUGAUUACCAUACCUUACCAAGAGCCAGAAUAGCUCGUCGAAAAAGAGGAUUAGAAUGGUUUGUCUGUGGAGGCUGGAAAUUUAUGUGCACAAGCUGUUGUGACUGGCUAAUAAAUGUGUGCAGAAGAAGAAAGGAACUGAAAGCUCGAACAGUGUGGCUAGGAUGCCCAGAAAAAUGUGAAGAGAAAUAUCCCAGGAAUGCUAUAAAAAAUCAGAAGUACAACAUCUUUACAUUUAUACCUGGGGUUUUAUAUCAACAAUUCAAAUUUUUCUUGAAUCUGUAUUUUCUGGUAGUGUCCUGUUCACAGUUUGUACCUGCUCUGAAAAUAGGCUACCUAUACACCUACUGGGCACCACUGGGGUUUGUUCUUACAGUUACAAUGGUAAGAGAAGCAGUUGAUGAGUAUCGUAGAUUCAAACGGGACAAAGAAAUGAAUUCCCAGCUAUACAGCAAGCUUACCAUUAGAGGUAAAGUGCAAGUAAAAAGUUCAGAUAUCCAAGUUGGAGACCUGAUUAUAGUGGAAAAGAAUCAACGAAUCCCAGCUGACAUGGUCUUUCUGAGAACCUCAGAGAAAUCUGGGUCUUGCUUCAUUCGCACUGAUCAGCUAGAUGGUGAAACAGACUGGAAGCUGAAAAUUGCAGUGAGCUGUACGCAGAGAUUACCAGCUCUAGGAGAUCUCUUUUCAAUCAAUGCUUAUGUUUAUGCUCAGAAGCCACAACUGGAUAUUCACAGUUUUGAAGGUAACUUUACACGGGAAGAUACUGACCCAGCUAUACAUGAAAGCCUUGGCAUUGAACAUACACUGUGGGCAAGCACAGUUGUUGCAUCUGGUACUGUAAUAGGUGUUGUCAUUUAUACUGGAAAAGAGACCAGAAGUGUGAUGAAUACAUCAAAUCCAAAAAAUAAGGUGGGACUGUUGGACCUUGAACUCAACCAGCUAACAAAGGCGCUAUUUCUGGCUCUGGUGGCUCUCUCUGUUGUAAUGGUAACCUUGCAGGGGUUUGUUGGCCCGUGGUAUCGCUACCUGUUCCGGUUCUUCCUGCUAUUUUCCUACAUCAUCCCGAUAAGCUUGCGAGUAAACCUGGACAUGGGAAAGGCUGCUUAUGGCUGGAUGAUCAUGAGAGAUGAAAAUAUCCCUGGCACUGUGGUGAGAACUAGCACCAUUCCUGAGGAGUUGGGACGCUUGGUGUAUUUACUUACUGACAAGACAGGAACACUUACCCAGAAUGAAAUGGUGUUUAGGCGUCUUCAUCUUGGUACAGUGUCCUAUGGAUCAGAUACAAUGGAUGAAAUUCAGAAUCAUGUUGCAAGCUCUUACUCACAGAUACAGCCUCAAGCCCCUAACAACAAUACCAGCUCAACUACUUCAACAAAGGUCCAGUCUGCAGCCCCUAAAGUACGCAAAACAGUGAGCAGUCGAGUCCACAAAGCAGUGAAAGCCAUUGCUUUAUGUCACAACGUCACCCCAGUUUACGAAUCACGAGCUGGAGUAAACUAUGAAGCAGAAAAUGCUGAAGUUGAUCAAGACUUCUGUGAUGAAAAUCGCACCUACCAAGCAUCAAGUCCUGAUGAGGUGGCCCUUGUAAAAUGGACAGAAAGUGUCGGACUUACUCUUGUCAACAGAGAUUUGAACUCUAUGCAACUUAAAACCCCCAGUGGACAGAUCCUAACAUUCUUCAUUCUCCAGAUCUUUCCAUUUACUUCUGAGAGCAAACGGAUGGGAAUCAUAGUGAGGGAGGAAUCCUCUGGUGAAAUCACAUUCUAUAUGAAAGGUGCUGAUGCUGCCAUGGCCAGCAUUGUUCAGUAUAAUGACUGGUUAGAGGAGGAGUGUGGAAACAUGGCGAGAGAAGGACUGCGUACUCUAGUAGUUGCCAAAAAAUCAUUGUCUGAAGAACAAUAUCAAGAUUUUGAGAAUCGAUACAACCAAGCCAAGCUAAGUAUCCAUGACAGAAACCUAAAGGUGGCAGCUGUGGUAGAGAGUCUGGAGAGAGAGAUGGAACUGCUUUGUUUAACUGGUGUUGAAGAUCAACUCCAAGCUGAUGUCAGGCCAACUCUGGAAAUGCUGAGAAAUGCAGGGAUAAAGAUUUGGAUGCUCACGGGUGAUAAACUGGAGACUGCAACUUGUAUAGCAAAAAGUUCUCAUCUAGUAUCAAGAAAUCAAGAUAUUCACAUUUUUAGACCAGUAAGUAAUCGAAGUGAAGCUCACUUGGAACUUAACGCUUUCCGAAGAAAACACGACUGUGCCUUGGUAAUAGCUGGAGAUUCUCUUGAGGUGUGUUUGAAGUAUUAUGAGCAUGAAUUUGUUGAACUUGCCUACCAGUGUCCUGCUGUUGUGUGCUGCCGGUGUUCACCAACACAGAAAGCUCAGAUUGUAAAGCUCUUACAGCAACACACAGGAAAACGCACAUGUGCAAUAGGGGAUGGAGGUAAUGAUGUGAGCAUGAUCCAAGCAGCUGACUGUGGGAUUGGCAUAGAAGGAAAGGAGGGAAAACAGGCUUCCCUUGCAGCUGACUUUUCCAUCACCCAGUUUAAGCACAUUGGCAGACUUCUGAUGGUACACGGACGGAACAGUUAUAAAAGAUCAGCAGCACUGGGACAGUUUGUCAUGCACAGGGGCCUUAUUAUUUCCACUAUGCAGGCUGUGUUUUCCUCAGUAUUCUAUUUCGCAUCUGUUCCUUUGUACCAGGGAUUCCUAAUGGUAGGGUAUGCAACAAUCUACACAAUGUUUCCUGUGUUCUCAUUGGUGCUGGAUCAAGAUGUAAAACCAGAAACUGCCCUACUCUACCCGGAGCUGUAUAAAGACCUCACAAAGGGAAGAUCCUUGUCGUUUAAAACCUUCCUCAUCUGGGUUUUAAUCAGCAUAUACCAAGGUGGCAUAUUGAUGUAUGGAGCGCUGCUACUGUUUGAGUCGGAAUUUGUACAUGUGGUAGCCAUCUCCUUCACUGCCUUGAUACUGACAGAAUUGCUCAUGGUCGCAUUAACAAUAAGGACAUGGCACUGGUUAAUGGUUGUUGCUGAAUUUUUCAGCCUGGGCUGCUAUAUGGCUUCACUCGCGUUCCUCAAUGAGUACUUCGGUCUUGGUAGAGUGUCAUUGGGAGCUUUCUUAGAUGUGGCUUUCAUUGCCACCUUGGCCUUCCUGUGGAAAGUAUCAGCGAUUACUGUUGUAAGUUGUCUUCCCCUCUACAUUCUGAAGUACUUGAAGCGCAAAUUCUCUCCUCCAAGUUACUCUAAGCUUUCGUCAUAGUCUCUAACCUGUGAGUACUAAAGCGUGCCACUACAGCCGUGACAUGCCACAUGCUGCCUCGCUGUGUUCUAGUGACUUCAGCCUUAUGAAUGAGUGACAGGAGGGGCCACAGAGAAGCAAGAGCACAAAUGGCAGGCGUUUUCUUUCUGCAAGACAGAAUGAGUAGAUGUUAUCACUGAUAUAAGUCAGUCAAGAAGAUUCCUUUGGUUCUGAUGUCUCAUUUAUUAGGUAUGACAACUUGACAUUGCCAUAUUUUUUCUCUUUUUUCCAUUCCUUGAAGUUGCCAUAAAACACCUCCACCCAAAUUGAUGUACAUGUUUUAUUCCCUUGUAUGCUGCUAUAUUUCUGUGUAUAAACUUUGAGAAAACUGCACUAGACAUACAUAAAAGAAUGAAAUUGUUCUAAAAGGGAAUGUAAUUGUUAUAUUACACCCUGU